AUGGUCAUCCGUAGGAAUCACAAGUCCACGACACAUAUCGCCAGCCGCGUCGUCUGCCAAUCCGCUAGUCUCUCCAGCGAUGCCAUUGAGAAUCGUUUCGACCCCUCCGAAAUCCACCAGGACGAAGAAGCCCUCACACCAACCCGAACCACAACGCCGGUGUCAGGGUUCUGGGACCCUCGCAGUCAGCUCAGGGUUUAUAACGACUCGUUGCCGGCUUCAUCUCAGCCGCAAACCCCACAAAAUCUCCCAGAAGCUCGCCACCAAGGUCGGCCCAACGGAUCAUACACGGCGCCGGCCAGGCGUAGCUCACCUCCGCCCGCGUGGACACCGACAGUGACACGAUCCCGGACGCGCUUCGGACAGAGAAGGGAGCCGAGCCCCAUGAGAUUACGAACGCUAGGGCCCGGAGGGCAGUAUGGUGGAAUGGUGAACGUCGACGACGAGGCCGUGGCCGAGGGGAUGGCUCAUGUUCCGUCUCGGCCGGGCGCCGCAGCAUAG